AUGGAGUAUGACUCCUAUGUUGAGGGCGAGUCAGACGAGGAUCAACCCCCUACGGGUGUAACCCCUACUGGGUCCUCUGCCAACCCACGAGGAAAACUAUCUCCUUCUUCUAGAAGGAAGAAGCAGGUUGUGGGGAUCAGUUCCCGGGUCCCCGUGGAUCAUCUAAAAUGGCUCCUGGACCUGCUCCGAUCAGAUCCUUUCAAGGAUGUUGUGAAAGAUGUGAGAUAUCUUCUAAUCAACAAUUAUAAUACAUCUGAAUGGAAGAAAGAAGUACAGCAAUGCACUGUGGGAAUUCUGCAUCAUACAAAACACCAUGGAAGGGUUAAUAUCACGGAUAUCAAUAAUGCUAUGUAUGAAGAAGAACUAAGUUAUCUCCAUGACCAACACGGUCGGGAGAGGGUUAUGGUAGUCAUAGAUGACAUGGAUCAGUUUGAUGAUGGUGAGAAGGAGAGGAUUCUGGGAAGCCAGCCAACAAUCCAAUUAAAGUCCUCUGACCUCCUCCUUAUUCCUGAAACUAGGAAGGAAGAGGCUGCCCAUAACAAUAUCAAGCAAAUCUGGGAUGUUCUUGGAGGAGAGCCAGAAGAGCCUCAGAGGCUGACCCAAAGCAGAGAAGCAAAGAGGGGACAACCAAGACCAACCGAGACAACGCCAAGCUCCAAAAUGAGUAAAAUUCAGAGGGAACCCGACAAAUCCCAGCACCGAAACCAAUCCAAAGCGUGCGAAAAGACAAACACCUCUUGCUCAUUAAUCCCUCCUUCACCGAAGCACAUUAUCAGUAUCUUCUCGAGGUGCACAGACAGUUAUUAUCAGUGGUUGAUGGACAAGUUGAAAGGACAAGAGUUUUGCAAUAUGGUGGAUGAUGUCCGCGCUGUCUAUAUUUCUAAUAAGUAUUCUGAGUUUUCUAGAGAGAUCACAGAGUGCACAUUUGCCAUUUUAUAUCAUUCGUAUAGAUGGGGACGCAUUAAUUUAACUGAUGUCAAAGACUCCCUGUAUGACAAGGAGCUCCAGGAUCUAUCUCAGCGUCAUGGCAGGGAUAAUGUUAUUGUGGUAAUCAAUGACAUUAAAACCACCAGCUCUGAGAAGAAGCUCAGGAUCUUGGAGAACCAGCCCAGUAUUAGAAGACGGGCCAGAAAACUAUUCCUCUUUGAGGAGAAGAAUAAAUUGCCUGAGAACUUGGAGAAGUUACGGGAAAUUCUAGGAGAGACAAAAAGGACCCAGAAACAUGGAUAUAAUGACAGUGCACGUCAAGUCAAAGAGAUCAAAAGACUAGAAAAGUCACGUGACUCUCUGGAAGAAGCAGAAGAUGGGGAUAAAGUGGGUUGUGAGAGACGAUUGACGGAGACUCAGGAUUAUAUAGAGUCUAGAGAUGAAGAUUGCGCUGCUUUGUUACAAAAUAUACUCACUAAUCAUGGCAAAGAAACAUCAGAAUAUAUACAGAAACGCUCACGGGUACAAGAACAGCUGGAAUGUUUACUAGCUCAACUUUGUCACAAAGAAACAAUGAUAAAAACCCAACAACAAACAAUACAAGAGCAGUCGCGAUCAUUACAGGAGAAGGAACACACAAUACAGGAGCAGGCGCGAUCAUUACAGGAGAAGGAACACACAAUAGAGGAGCAGGCGCGAUCAUUACAGGAGAAGGAACACACAAUAGAGGAGCAGGCGCGAUCAUUACAGGAGAAGGAACACACAAUACAGGAGCAGGCGCGAUCAUUACAGGAGAAGGAACACACAAUACAGGAGCAGGCGCGAUCAUUACAGGAGAAGGAACACACAAUAGAGGAGCAGGCGCGAUCAUUACAGGAGAAGGAACACACAAUAGAGGAGCAGGCGCGAUCAUUACAGGAGAAGGAACACACAAUACAGGAGCAGGCGCGAUCAUUACAGGAGAAGGAAAACACAAUACAGGAGCAGGCGCGAUCAUUACAGGAGAAGGAACACACAAUACAGGAGGAAACUUGUACAAUUAAAGACAAAGAAUGUACAAUAAAGGAGCAGAUACAAUCAUUGAAAGAAAAGGAACGUAUAAUACAAGAGUACACAAAAAAAAUUAAAACAAUGGAGAACACACUACAGGACCAAGAAGAGGUAACAAAAGCAUGUAUAUGUGAAACGGAAAUUAAAAAUUCUGAAAUAGUAAAGAUGACACGUACAUUGAAAGAGAAGGAAAGUAAAAUAGAGGAGAUGACGCGUACAUUGAAAGGGAAGGAAAGUAAAAUAGAGGAGAUGACGCGUACAUUGAAAGGGAAGGAAAGUAAAAUAGAGGAGAUGACACGCACAUUGAAAGGGAAGGAAAGGAAAGGACAUGAACGAAGCAGACAGAGUCAUCAGAUGAGAGCUUGGACAGAAUGAUGAAGCAGACAGUUGGAAGCCAAGUAAAACACAAUACAACAGAAAACAAAAACACUGCAAGAACAACACUAGAAACUAAAGGAAAGGACCAUAAAAAAUUAUAUGAUAAUACACUCAAUACAAGAACAAGCAAAAACCAUUAUUAAUGAAUAGCAAGAAAAAGAACAGAAACAUAUAUUUGUUUUGGGAAAAUAAAACAAGUAAUGGAAGUGACAUAGGCAUUGCGGAACAGGGAACACUAACUAUAGAAGCAUAAAAAAACACAAUACCAGACAUCCCAACAUGCAAAAACUCAUUUCAGGAAGGUGAUUAACCAGCUACUGUGCCCCCUUCCACAAUCUCCGGAGUGGGUCGUAGUGGGGUGAUAGGGGCUGUAAUUGGGUUGUUAGGAAAUGUAGUGUGGGUUCCCUUAUGGAGCUGCACGCACUAUCCCAUGAG